CGAGUCCGUUCGCGGGCAAAUCCGUCGAGCCGAAACAAAUCGGGUUUUGGGGGCAAAUCGGUGCGUGAUUUUGGGCUUGUUGCUCGCGCCUGCCAGUGAAUAAGGCUGCGUAGCAUCACUUAUGAUCGCUGUGCCCUGCACUUCAGCAUCUUAGGCAAGAGCAGCGCUCAGGAGGGCAAAUCAGUAAAGGCACAGUGGCCUAGAUGAAUUGGCCGGGGGGACAGCGGGACUCCACGGUGGACAAUCGACCGAGCUGGAUGACCGCUCCGCCACCUGCACCAGUUAGUCCCGCGAAAGCCAUCAAGCGCCCGAACCCGAGCCGGUUCCAGGCGCCGGCGCCGGCGCCGGUUGUUGCUCCGCCAGUGCCCGUGGCUGCGCCGGUUGCCGCGCCGUCUGUGCCGCUCGCCGCCCGAGCACCGCCGGCCAACCACUACGGCCCGGCGCCGCCCCAGGCGCCGCCGGCGGCGCGCGGCCGCUGCGGCACCGCGCUCGACUACCGCACGCGGCUUUGCAAGCACUGGCUCGCGUCCGGCGGCACGUAUUGCCCCUACGGCGCGCGCUGCGACUUCGCGCACGGCGAGGACCAGCUCCUGCGGUACUACGCCCCACAUCCGCCGCCGUAUACGGGAUCGCAGCACGGGCAGCCGCCCUCGCCGCCACGCGGCCGAAGCCGGUCCCGCGGGCGCCGCCGCGGCGGGCACUCUCGACGCCGCCGGAGCCCCUCGUCGUCGCGGUCGUCCUCGUCAUCAUCUUCCUCGUCGUCGUCGUCCGGGCGGCGCUCGCGGUCACGCUCGCCGCGCCGCAACCGUUACGACACGGCGCUGCCGCGGCACGGGCAGCCGCCAGCACGGGCGCGCAGCCCGUCGCCCGCGCCGGGCCUCGGACCACGACCGAAACGGCGCCACCUCGUCGCGGCGGCGGAGGCAGCGCCCGCGCCCGCUGAGGACGACUUCGACGAGCUGUACUCGGAGGUGGCCGCGCCGGCGCCCGCCGCCGACGCCGAGGAGGACGAGUUCGCCGUCAAGUUAGGAAUGAGGACGGCUCCGGCGCCGGUGUCCGCCGCCGCGCCGGUCGCUACUGAUGACGACUGGGGAUCCGCGAGCUUCGGGAUGGCGCCGAAGCCGGCACCGGCGCCAGCCAACGCGUCGGAGGCCGUGGCCGUUGACGCGCUGGACACCGCCGACGACGACGACGACGCUGAUUUCACGGUGAAAUUGGGGAUGAAGAGGCCCGCUGAGCCUUCGUCGCCAGACGAUGAAUCCGAGCCGUCGCCGGCGCACGUGUCGCAGGAGGCCGCGCCGUCGCCGGCCCCGGCCGCCGCCGAGGCCGCGCCGCCGGCGUGGGAGCAGAGCGCCCGCGAGCUGCUCGAGGCGGUGCGGGGGAAGGGCCUCCUCGAAAUCCGGUCGGCGCUGACCAAGCACAAAUUCAAAUGCGGCCCCCGAGUCCACGGCUCGUCCUAUUUUUGUUUCGAAGCGCCGGGGCACUAUCCGUGCGUCUACGACAUCAUCGGCGAGCGGUACAAGGACUCGAAGACGGCCACAGCCAAAAGCUCCAUGCGCAUGCGCUCCCAUCCACAACUCAUCAUGUACCUCGAAGGAGCGCUCGCACGCGGCGCCUCGGUGCGCCUCGAGUCGGCCUGGGACUGGGCGGCGCACACUGGUUCGCGGUCGAGGAGCCGCUCGCCGGCGCAAUUGGAGCCGACGACGGCGCCGUCGUCGCCGCCGCGCACGCCGCCGCCGAAGCGCGCGUCGACGGCCGAGCCGACGACCGUCUACGAGUGGUGCGAAUCGAAGAAAUGGACGCCAACGACCGCGCGCUACCGAGACAUCGUCAUGUGCUGCGACGACCUGGACGCGCUCGCGAGCUUCUGGGACCACCCCGACCGGGAGGAAGUGCUCGCGGACUGGUCCACGCUCGCGCGAUCGAUACUGAGGCGUGGGAUCAAGGAGCUACAGGCGGCGCGGGCUAAGUGA